ACUAUAUUCUAUAUUUUAUAUCUAAGUUUUACAACUACAAUAUAUCACAAAAGAAAUAUACAAAUGAACUACAUAAUUCUCUGAUUUUUCAUAUAUUGACAAUCUUGUACUUAAAUUCCUCCCCUCUAGUAUGUAGUCAAGUAGAUUAGUAGAUCAGAUCAGAUUACCAAAAUGGAUGAUCAAUCUGGCCAAGGACCUAAUCAAAAUCUUCUUCUUCCACUCUGCAAAAAUGAUGAUGGUAUUGAGCUAGGUGUGAAGAAAAGGUGGCACUACAUAUCGGAUGGUACAAUCGUUGAGCUAAAAAAACAACUGCUUUUAGCAGGUCCUCUUGUUUUAGUUAGUCUUUUGCAGUACAGUUUGCAAACAAUAUCGGUUAUGUUUGUCGGACAUCUAGGAGAAGUUUACCUCUCUGCUGCAUCUAUGGCUACUUCAUUUGCCGGAGUUACUGGUUUCAGCUUGAUGUUGGGGAUGGGAAGUGCGCUUGAGACGUUUUGUGGACAAGCUUAUGGAGCAAAAGAGUAUCAUAUGCUUGGUGUACACAUGCAGAGAGCUAUGCUUGUACUUAUGCUUAUGUGCAUUCCUAUAUCAAUUCUUUGGAGCUUUACUAGUAAUAUACUUACCAUCUUCGGGCAAGACCCUGAUGUAUCAGUACAAUCUGGAAUUUAUGCUUGCUGGUUGAUCCCGGCUAUCUUUGCCUAUGGUCUCCUUCAGUGCCAAUUCAGAUUUUUGCAGACCCAAAACAAUAUAAAGCCUUUGGUAAUAAGCACUGGGAUUACAAGUUUGGUGCAUCUUGUAAUUUGCUGGACCUUGGUUUUCCCCUUUGGUUUUGGAUCCAGAGGCGCUGCCAUUUCCAGUGGGAUUUCAUACUGGGUUAAUGUACUAAUUUUGGGAACAUACAUCAAGUUUUCACCAACAUGUGAAAGAACAUGGACAGGAUGCUCUAUGGAGGGUGUAAAAGACCUCUCGAAUUUUCUUUCGUUAGGCAUUCCCUCAUCUCUAAUGCUAUGUUUGGAGUUCUGGUCAUAUGAGUUUCUAGUUCUCAUGUCUGGCUUACUUCCUAAUCCAAAGCUAGAGACAUCAAUGAUGUCGAUCUGCCUGAAUACCAGUUCAGUGUUCUACAGAAUCCCAUAUGGUUUUGGCAGUGCAGUAAGCACAAGAGUGUCAAAUGAGCUGGGUGCAGGGAAUCCUCGGGCAGCAAAGCUUGCACUACAGGUAGUUCUAUUUAUGGCUGUCAUAGAGGGCAUGUUAGUUGCCUCUGCUUUAGUUGCAGUUCGAGGCGUAUGGGGCUAUAUCUAUUCAAAUGAAGAGGAAGUUGUGAGGUAUAUAGCUACUGUGCUUCCGGUGCUCGCCAUAUCUAAUUUCAUGGAUGGAAUGCAAGGUGUACUAUCAGGUGCUACAAGAGGAUGUGCUAUGCAGAAGGUUGGUCUAUAUGUAAAUCUAGGAGCUUACUACAUAAUUGGACUUCCCCUUGCAGUUCUCCUGACUUUUGUACUACAUCAAGAUGGAAAGGGCCUAUGGACUGGAAUCAUAGGAGGCAGCAGUCUUCAAGCUGUGAUACUAUUAGUGAUUAUUUUGCGCAUAGACUGGGAGCAACAAGCAAAAAAAGCUCUCUACUUGGUGCAUGGUUCCAAAAUCUCGGAAGAUACUAUGGAAUCUUCCACCACAUUUUUAGAUAGUGGCAAGCUUCAAGUGCUGGUCUAGUAAUGAAUGGAGAUUCUGCAACUGCUGUCCAAAUAUUAAUCAGAGUUUAUUUUUCUGUUAUUCUAAUAAUAAUUUUUAGUAUUUGGUUUUUCAUAAAUGAAAUAUUUAGUGAAAAGGAAUAAUCUUCCGUUGAUUGACAGAAAAGGAUACAAAAAUUUAGACUAAAAUUCAACAUGGAGCAUUGGAUGCUUAUAUUUUGAGUUUUCUCAAGCAUUAGUGCCAUCAAACGAACAAAGUAUUAUUCCUAAUUACAAGGCUAAUAAGAGAAAUGAAUCUCGAUUAGUGGAGAAUUGACUUUAAUUAUUAGCUAAAGUGGGCUAAUUAGAUCUUUUCUGCUUUUUGUAAUUCCAUUGAAGUAGCUUCUUUCACACACACACACACACACAUAUGGCUUGUGGUUUGAGAAUGAGCUAGCCAGCUAGGUGCUACAAGAAAUCUAAUGCCAUGUUAAUGAGCUCUGAUACCAUGUUAAAUAACAAAGAAAUCUAAAAUCUUAAAGUGUUAGGAAAAGGCUUUUUUACCACGAUCAUUAUAUUAUAAUACUUCCUUUCACUCGGAAGCCCAUUCUUGUAUCGAGAGUGGAUCACGGAUGCUCAUCUUGGGGCACAAAUUUUGCCUUUCGUGUUUAUAAAAUAUUAAAAGUUCAUAUCCAGGAGUAUGGCUGGAGCUUUUCCCUUGGUGAAUUUCGAAUUCCACUUGAUGACGAAACUAAUGUCAGGGCUGUAUUUGCAUAAUGCGGAUAGAUUAGUUUUAACCAUUUUUUUCGUGUUGUAGCUAGAUCACUUUGUUAUAUCACAUACCGUUACAUGUUUAAUUGGGCCAGGUUCCCUGGAUGUGGUAGCUUUUAUUUUUUCUUAGUGUACUGAGACUUGACAAAUGCUACAAGGUGGUCAAAAUUUCUGUUAAGGACAUUUCAUAUCUUUUGGAGUGUGUCAUAGCUCAGCCUUUUGAAAAUACUUUUAGAAAGGCCAUGGUCCUACAGUAGUGCACUCAGUUUUGCAGAGCUAGUUCAGCCGCGAUUAUUUUUAUUUUAGACGACAAAUACUGUUGAAGGUUAGUGUGAUUGGCUGGAUAUGUGAUCUUGAUAUCAUCCUGCAAAGCUGCAAAGCUGUAAUUAACACAGGGGGAAGUAUGAGGUAUCUGUAGAUUCUGAGUGGGGAAUAUAUUACACAAGAAUAAAAAGCUUUAUUUUGUUUAAUUAUUCUUUAGCAUCACAUAAUGAUAGGAAAAUUCCGAUUAGGCAACUAUUUCAGUGGAGAAGAAUAUAUUUUACAAUGUCUGGAAAAAUUUUAUGGUCUCCCAUGUCAAUAAGAAUAUAUUUGCCACAAUAGUCUUUCAUCCAUGAAGUGAAUUUGGCCUUGUAUGAUUCCUAAAUCUGAAAAACCAAGAACCAGACUUUUGUUAACUUAACAUUUGAGCAAUUUACAUGUCAGCCCCUCUAUACAAUUGAAUGCAUACUUUAUAUGUCUCCUUCAUGUCAAUCUGAUCCUCAACAUAAAUUUGAUCAGCUCGAUAACUUCUGAAGAUAACACAAUUGGAGAAAAGAUGUUCACAAGCUUAAUCUCUUCUAUCUGAGAACCUUUUGCUACUAAUCACAAUCUAUACUUCUUAUUGAUUUGUAUUUUUGUCAAUGUUGCAUCUCCUCUUUCAUAACAAGCUCUCUU